GCCGCAGCCAAUGGAGCUGCGGAGCGCACUAUAAAGUCAGAGCUCAUUCUCUGUUUUGGGGACAUCAGGAGAGUAAACUCGGACCAUAAGUCAACUGAACUAUUCAUGCAAUUUUGAGAAGUACUCCCGGGAUCACUUCACUGCUCCUCUCCCCUCAGAUUGUGAAGAAGCCAGGGGGGAAAAAAAAAAGAGUCGUCAUUAUGGUGCUAAUGAUACUGCCAUUCAUUGGAUCGGUGUCGGUAUCCGAGAGUUUGGUGGCUAUGACAACGCUGUGUCUGGUCUACCUGAUUCUCAAGUCGUUCCACACUGUGAUUCCUGAAGGGCUCCGUCGGCUCCCUGGACCAAAUCCCUUGCCUAUCAUCGGAAAUGUGCUGGAGGUGGGCAGCAAACCCUACCUGAGUCUCACUGCCAUGAGCAAGCGAUAUGGCCAUGUCUUCCAGAUCCAGAUCGGCAUGCGUCCCGUGGUUGUGCUGAGUGGCAGUGACAUGGUACGACAGGCUCUCAUCAAGCAAGGGGAGGAGUUUGCAGGCAGACCUGACCUGUACAGCUUCCGCUUCAUCAACGAUGGCAAGAGUCUGGCCUUCAGCACAGACCAGGCCGGCGUGUGGCGUGCCCGAAGAAAGCUGGCCUACAGUGCCCUCCGCUCCUUCUCCACGCUGGAGGGCACAACUCCAGAGUACUCCUGCGUUCUGGAGGAACACGUCUGCAAAGAGGGAGAGUAUCUGAUCAGACAGCUCAACACUGUCAUGAAGGCCGACGGCAGCUUCGACCCCUUCCGCUACAUUGUUGUGUCUGUGGCUAACGUGAUCUGUGGAAUGUGCUUUGGUCGACGCUACGACCACAACGACGAGGAGCUGCUCAGCUUGGUGAACCUCAGUGAUGAGUUUGGCCAGGUGGUGGGCAGCGGCAACCCUGCAGACUUCAUUCCCGUUCUUCAAUUCCUGCCCAGCACAACAAUGAAGAAGUUUGUGAGCAUCAAUGCCCGCUUCAACAAUUUUGUGCAAAAGAUCGUCACCGAGCACUAUUCCACCUUUGACAAGGACAACAUCCGCGACAUCACAGACUCCCUCAUUGAUCACUGUGAGGACAGGAAGCUGGAUGAGAACUCCAAUAUCCAGAUGUCAGAUGAGAAGAUUGUAGGAAUUGUCAAUGACCUGUUCGGUGCUGGUUUCGACACCAUCUCCACUGCCCUGUCAUGGUCGGUGAUGUACUUAGUGGCUUACCCAGAGAUACAGGAGAGGCUUUAUCAAGAACUAAAGGACAAGGUGGGCCUGGAUCGCUCUCCUCUUCUCUCUGAUAAACCCAACUUACCAUUCCUGGAGGCCUUCAUCCUGGAGAUCUUUCGCCACUCUUCAUUCCUGCCCUUCACUAUUCCACACUGCACCUCUAAAGACACAUCUCUGAAUGGCUACUUCAUUCCAAAGGACACAUGUGUCUUCAUCAAUCAGUGGCAGAUCAACCAUGAUCCUGAGCUGUGGAAAGAUCCAUCUUUGUUCAACCCAGACCGGUUCCUGAGUUCUGAUGGCACCGAGCUCAACAAGAUUGAAGGGGAGAAGGUGAUGGCUUUUGGCAUGGGAAAGCGGCGCUGCAUUGGCGAGGUCAUUGCACGGAAUGAAGUCUACCUCUUCUUGGCAAUCAUUAUCCAGAAGCUGCACUUCAACACGAGGCCGGGGGAGCCGCUGGACAUGACACCGGAAUACGGUCUCACAAUGAAGCACAAACGCUGCCACCUGAGAGCCAUGAUGCGAGCGAGGAAUGAGCAGUGAAGUUGAUCACCGUGUACAAUAUAUGACUCAGCGGGUGGUAUAAAUUGACUUUAGCAUUGUAAAGGUCACAGUCAGAUUGAGAGUCAGUGGAAGAAGGAUCUCCCUCUGAAUGUAAGGCACUGGGUGCCAGAUUUGAAAUUCAGAGCUCAUGGCAAUGAAGCGAAUAAGUGAAAUGUGCUUGUUGCAGAGUGGCAGAGAUGUCUGUCAUGCUUUUGGUUUUCUAAGAGAUGUUCCUGCACAUGGUGGAUGCUUCUCAGUGAAGUAAAAGGAGAAACAUGGUUCUUCUGCUGUUUUAUCCGGCAAUCUAGACUGCUCCCAUUCAGAAGUUGUAAAACUCACAGUUUUUCUUUUCAACUUUGGGACAAACAAUGUUUUUCCUGGAUAGGCAUUAACAUUUAGGCCGAUGCAACCUAUUUUUUCUGUGACACAAAACAUACCUUAUGAUACCAUUUAUUCUCAUAAGCUAAUAUAUAUAUUUUUAUUCCAUUAAAACUGUGCCACUGACGAUAUAUUUGUAUCCCAGAAUGUGAUUUUGUGUGUAUAUCAAGUUUUUGUAUCAUGCCUAGCGUUUGUACAUAUUUGAGGUGACAUCUUCUGUGCAUCCGUAUAAUUCAUCAGGACACCAAAAGAGUUCCAGUGAUUUUUUUUGGACCAUAUAAGUAAGCUACACAGUUUUGUAUUUCUAUCUCUAAUGUAUUGAUGAUUGUAUGUAAUGUGAGGACAUGUGAUAAAGCUUCCUUUAUUCAGCCACACAAAUAAAAAAUAAAAAUAAAAGUUUUUAAUGAUCA